CAAGGCAGCCCUUUGAAUUGUUUCCAUGGCUACCGAGUCUGGAAUUCUCUAAACUCCUGCUGUCACCCCACUCUGAGGAGGAAGAAAUAGGAAUUGUUUGUUAUCAGCAAGUGGAGGCCAGGACAAAUUAUGUUUAGAGCACUUUCCCCCAGACACGGAUAGAAAGCUAGGGCCUAGAGUGUGUAAUUUGCUCUCUGAUUGUCCUAGGAGCUCCAGGACCUGCGCCAAGGGCUCGCUGGCCUAUCAGGAAAUUAUUUCAGUGCGUGAAUUGGCCAGUGAGGAGAAGCUUCUAAGGUGCAGGAGGCUGCCUGACCUGGUCUGUUAGGUUCCUCGCCCCCCCCCCACCUCAUCCCCAUUAGACGUGUGUGUUCUUUGUAAGUAGAUCCUAGAUCCCUGGCCUAGAAAGCAAAGUCACUGACAGUAGUAGCAGCAAGAGGACUUCAGGACAGUGGUGCUGGAUAUGGAGUCAGUGAGCUUUGAGGAUGUGGCUGUGAACUUCACCCAGGAGGAGUGGGCUUUGCUGGAUCCACCCCAGAAGAAGCUGUACAAGGAUGUGAUGCAGGAAACCUUGAAGAACCUGGCCUCUAUAGGAAAGAAGUUGGGCAAACAGAAGAUUGUAAAUGCGUAUGAAAAUCUCUGGAGAAAAUUAAGCAGCCAACUGGUAGAACAAUUCUGUGACUAUAAAGAAAGUCUUCAAUGUACAGAAAUCUUCAGCUGUACUCCAGAGCCUUCUGUGAACCUGAAAUCUUGUCCAGGACUUACUACAUUUUUAGGUGUGCCCCCGAACCAUAAGAUAGGACACAAACUUCAUGAGGACCAGGAAUAUGGACAGAAGUUGUAUAAACACAAGGAGUUUGAGGAUAACUCCAGGUCUCCUCUGUCCCGUAAGAUGCAUAAAAGUUCUCACCCUGGAGGGAAACCUUCUAAAAAUAAAGCCUGCAAAGAAGACCUAUGUAUCCGAUCUGGUCAAAAGAAUAAAGACCAUGACCAUGCAAAAAAAUCUUACACGUGUAAGCAAUGUGGGGAAGGUUUCACCCACCGCAUUCCCUUAAGAAGACAUGAAAAGAGUCACAGUGUUAAGAAGCCCUUCAUGUGUGAACUGUGUGGGAAAGGCUUUGCUCGGAUGGGUAACCUUUUGAGACAUAAGAUGAAUCCAAAUUGUGAGAAGGCUUUUCUGUGUAGUCACUGUGGAAAAACUUUUUCUCGAUCUGCUUGCCUUCGAAGACAUGCAAGAAUUCACAGUGGUGAGAAACCCUAUGUAUGUGAGCAGUGUGGGAAAACUUUCCUUCAUUCUGUUUACUUUCAAAUUCAUAGAAGAAGUCACACUGGAGAGAAACCGUAUGUGUGUAAGCAGUGUGGGAAAGCCUUCACUGCAUCUCGUUACCUUCAUAUACACGAACAAAAUCACGCUGGGGAAAAGCGUUAUGUGUGUAAGCAGUGUGGGAACGCCUUCUCAUUUUGGAAUCAGUUUCAGAAGCAUAAAGUAAUUCACAGUGGUGUGAAUCCCUUUGUUUGUAAGCAAUGCGGCAAAAACUUCACGUGUUCCGGUUCUCUAAAAACACACGAAAGAAUUCACACUGGUGAGAAGCCCUACGUGUGUAAGCACUGCGGGAAAGCUUUUGCUCAUUUUGGUAACCAUAAAAGACACGAGAGGAUUCACACUGGAUAGAGAGCCUCUGUAUGGAAGCCUUGUGGGAAAACUUUCAACGACUAUGACUCCUGCAUACUGGAGAGAAGACCUCUAAGUGUGAGCAGCACGGGAAGCCGUUUGCUUCUUCUUCCUCCAUUUUGGAACCACGGGUGGAAUCGCUCUGGAGAGAAACCCUAUCUGCGUUUGCAACAUGCGGAAGCUUUCCGUUGUGACAGUUGUCUCUGAAAACAGAAAACAAUUCUUACUGUAGCAAAAUCCCAUGAAUGUAAGCAACGUUGGAAAGCCUAUAGUCAUUUGUCUGAAGUUCGAGGAUGUGAAGGAAACCACACCAGCAAAAGACCCUGUGGGAGUAAGACAUGUGGGAGAGGCUGUUUGAGGUCAUCUCUUGUGACACUAAUUCACAGUAGAACAAUAAGGAUGUUUGUAAGUAAUGUGACAAUAUCUUCUCUUUAUAAGCUCUCACAGAAAUCAAACCACGAGAGAGUGAAACACCUUAUGCUACGGAAAUCUUAUUAGAGAAAAGUUAUUCUUUUGAAUCAAUAUAGCUUUUAGUACUAGAAGACCCUAUCAAAUACAUGGGAGCAGAUACUGGAGAAAACCCCUUUGAGGAAAAGCUGCAAGUAAUAUGAUAAUUCUUUUGAUUGUGGAGAAGAUGGGAAAUAGCUUACACAGGAGACAAACCUUAUGCACACAAUGUGGAAAACCACUAGUUCUUAGGGGGCCCUCAAAAGACAUUGUAGUAGUCGUUUUGGGGAGAAACCCUUCAUUUCUAAGGAAUCUUUGUUAUCCCAAGUUGUUUUAUAUCCCAAGUUGUUUUAUAGACAUGAAAGAACUCACUGAGGGUAGCCUAAAGUACAGAAUUGUGACGUCUCCGUUUUCACAUUGGUAGCACUUAGAAGAAUGUAUUGAAAGAACUCCUCACAUUGAAAAGUGUGUGGGAACAUUUCUUGGUUCAAUUAAAAAAAUUAAGAGAUAGCAAGGCUUGGGAAACAAGUUCAUUAAAGGAGAGAUUUGAUUUUAACCAGACAAUCUCACCCACUGAAGUCUACGUGCCCUCUUUCACUCUCUCUCUCUCUCUCUCUCUCUCUCUCUCUCUCUCUCUC